CUUUGUACAGAGGGUGGAGUUAGAAUGGAGGGGCUGGAUGAUCGAGACCAGUUUACUACAUGCUAAAAGGAAACGCAGCCAUCAAAACAUCGCUCUGUGUGCUGAAGCUUUGUUGUUUGGGGAAACGUGAGUGACAGCAUGGAUUUCGAUCUGUCGUCAGCUAUAGAAGGAGGAGAUGAUCAGGUGAAGAUGGGGCAAGCUGCCAAGGAUGAGGGGAUUUUGGAUGGUUUCAAGAAGGGUGGUGACAAGAAGGACAAGGACAAGGAUUGUGAGGAUAAGCAUAAAGACCAGAAGGAUGAGGGAAAGCACAAGGAUUGUGAUGAUGGCCACAGGGAGCAUAAACACCAGCACAAGGAUAAGAAACAUGAGCAUAAGGAAAAGCAUAAAGAUCAUCAUGGUAAGCACAAGGGGCACAAAGAUGGAGACUCUGACUGUGAGCACAAAAAGAAGGACAAGAAGAAGAAGGACAAGAAGAAGAAGAAAGAGCGAAAAGGUUCAGAUUCCAGCAGUGGCUCGGAGGCUGACUGACCUUGUGAAUUGGUCUUUUGUUGUUCUCUUAUGAUCAUGUUCAACAAAGAGUGUGUAGUGUAGUGAGUACUAAACUUGAACAUACUUGUAGAAAUGCAUUAAUCCUUCAAAGAAAAUGUUGUGACAACAUACAGCUUCCACAUAUGACUCAAGUAAAAGUUUUCUGCAUCACCUUGUGGCAGCGCAUUCUACUUUAAAGAUUAAUAAAACUGGAGAUUAACAGAC